GGGCCGCGGCGCGAACGGGACGCGCGUGGAGUCUUCCGCGGUUCCCGGUCCCGGGUUCUGGUCCCGGCGGGCGCCGUGACCGGACACCAUGAAGGAAACGCCCCUGUCUAACUGUGAGCGCCGCUUCCUCCUGCGCGCCAUCGAAGAGAAGAAGCGGCUGGAUGGCAGACAAACCUACGAUUACAGAAGCUUAAGGAUCUCAUUUGGGGCGGAUUAUGGGUGCUGUAUCGUGGAGCUCGGGAAAACAAGAGUUCUUGGCCAGGUUUCCUGUGAACUUGUUUCUCCAAAACUCAACAGGCCAACAGAAGGUAUUCUGUAUUUUAAUCUUGAACUUUCUCAAAUGGCUGCUCCGGCAUUUGAACCUGGCAGGCAGUCAGAUCUGUUGGUGAAGUUGAAUCGACUCCUGGAAAGAUGUCUGAGAAAUUCCAAGUGUAUAGACACUGAAUCACUCUGUGUCGUUGCUGGUGAAAAGGUCUGGCAAAUACGUGUGGACCUACACUUACUAAAUCAUGAUGGGAAUAUUAUCGACGCUGCCAGCAUUGCUGCCAUUGUAGCCUUGUGUCACUUCCGAAGACCUGAUGUCUCUGUGCAAGGAGAUGAAGUAACCCUGUACACACCUGAAGAGCGUGAUCCAGUCCCUCUGAGCAUCCACCACAUGCCCAUCUGUGUCAGCUUUGCCUUCUUCCAGCAGGGAACAUACUUGUUGGUGGAUCCCAAUGAACGAGAAGAACGAGUAAUGGAUGGCUUGCUGGUGAUCGCCAUGAACAAGCAUCGAGAAAUCUGUACCAUCCAGUCCAGUGGCGGGAUAAUGCUUCUUAAAGAUCAAGUUUUGAGAUGCAGCAAAAUAGCUGGUGUGAAGGUAGCAGAAAUUACAGAGCUCAUACAGAAAGCUUUGGGGAAUGAUCAGAAAGUCAGGAAAGAAGGUGGAAAGUUUGGCUUUGCAGAAUCUAUAGCAAAUCAAAGGAUCACAGCUUUCAAAAUGGAGCAGGCCCCUGUUGAUACCUCUGAGGUGGAAGAGAAAGCCGAUGAAAUCAUUGCUGAAGCUGAGCCUCCUCCAGAAGUUGUUUCUAAGCCUGUGCUCUGGACUCCUGGCACUGCCCAAAUUGGAGAGGGAAUAGAAAACUCAUGGGGCGCUCCUGAGGACUCUGAGAAAGAAGAUGAGGAUGAGGCUGGCAGUGAUGAAGCUAUCAUUCUUGACGACAUGAAAAUGGACACUGCAGUGGAUGUUGCUGGUAUUGGAGGCCAGGCUGCUCCUAUCGUCCUCUCCGAUAGUGAAGAAGAAGAGAGGAUCAUUUUAGAACCAGACAAGAACCCAAAGAAAAUAAGAACACAGACGGUCAGUGCAAAACAAGAGAAAGCACCCAGUAAAAAUCCAGUGAGGAAGAGGAAAAAGAAGAGAGCGGCUAAUUAGAGUUAACAUGAUUUAAUGUAUGUAUAUAUAUAACUAUUAAAAGGAUAUUUAUUCCAU